AUGCGUGAACCAUUUGAGAAAGCAGCUGCUUUCUAUCGAGAACGUAUUCCUGAUGGUAAUAUUACAUUAGAUAAAUUUCAUGUUAAAUUUAUUGCAGUUGAUUGUUUUUAUCAUGUUGGUCAAUGUCGAAAAUCUUAUAAACUUGAUUAUUAUCCUCAUAUGUAUUUAUAUAUAAAAGGUACACGAGGUUAUCAAUAUUUUGGACCGACUAUAACAUCAAAUCUUAUUGAAUUUAUUGAAAAGAUUCGAAUGCCUAUAAUAAGACUUACAAAUGUCGAUGAAUUUUUAGAUUUUAUUGUUCAACAUGAAUCCAAUGUUUUAGCUCAUUUUGAUUUUUCUAAUACUUUACAAAGACAAUAUUAUUCAUUUUAUGUUCAAGCAGCUCUUAAACAUAUUGAAUAUGAUAAUGAACAUCCAAUUCGUUUUGCUGUUAUUCUUAAUCAAACCGUUAUUGAAGAAUUAUCAAAUUUAUCUAAUAAUACUUUUCCAAAACCAUUUGUUAUUUUAAAUCGAUUAAAUUCACCACCACAGAUAUUUCCAAAUCUAACAAAUAAUUUUACAAUCGAAAAUCUUUUUCAAUGGAUUGUUAAUGAACAUAAAGAACCAUAUGUCGGUUGGAUUGUUCCAAAAAAUCGUUAUUAUUCUCGAAGUCCAUCAAUUGAUAAAGCAACUGUAUUCGAUGCAUUGACAAACCACGAUAAUCUUCUUAUUUUUCUUACUUCAAACAAAUUAGACGAGCUAAAAUUGCGAUAUAUUUCUUUCUAUCUUUCCAAUUGUAACAUAACUCAUUCUUCUCUUUGGCUCAGACAAAUUGAAAUAUUAUAUAAUCAAUCAUUAAUCAAUCUAAACGAGAAUAUAAGUAAAACACAGCAUAAUCUUCUUUCAUCAUGUUGUCAAUAUAUCUUAAAUCAAAUAUCUCCAGCUGAUAUAUAUCAUCUAUGUUUAUUUAAUCAACAGUUACCAUUAUUGAAUUUUUCUGAAACAAAAACAAAAACAUGUUUACCUAUAUUAAACAAUAUUCAAUUACAAAAAAUUUGUUAUCGAGAUUAUUGUCAUCAAUGGUUAAAAACAUAUGCAUCAAUAUAUCAACAAAAAUUACAUUCUAAUCAUGAGACUAUUUUACAAAAGCGACGAGAUAAAUUUUAUGAUCAAUCUAUUGAAAUACAAGAUCAAUUUAUUAUUGAUAGUAAUAAUUCAAUGGAAAAUUUUAAAGGAUUAUUAUGUCAAAUUAAUUCAACAUGGGCAUUUCGAUUGAUUGAUUCAAAAUAUUAUCCAAAUUUUGGACGAAAUAUUGGUAUUAUUAAUAAUUCAAGAGCUAUUAUUAAGUUACUUAAAAAAGAUAUUAUGAAAGCAUAA